UAAAGAGUUUAUGUAAAAAAUAUUAAAAAAAAAUUCACUAAAGAGCUUAUGGCUAAUGUACAAUGUAUGCAACAUUAAAUGAUAAUUUGAAACAUCACAAAAUUUCAAACAUGGCUGCCGUACAUCGAGAAGCUAUCCAAAAACAAAUUCAACAAGACUGGGCAAAUCGAGAAUAUAUCGAAGUUAUAACUGGUAGCAUCAAAAAGAUUACCGACUUCCUCAAUUCCUUUGACAUGUCUUGCAGAUCAAGAAUAGCUGUUCUCAAUGAAAAACUUACAAUAUUAGAAAGAAGAAUCGAAUAUCUGGAAGCUUGUGUUACAAAGGGAGAAACAUUAACUUAAAUUAAUCAUCAAUAAAGUAAUUUAAUUUAAUUUAUAAGAUUUUUAUAUUUAUUAGAAUUCUAUAUAAAUAAAUGUACAAUAAACAUAAUUAUA